UUCUUAUCUAAAGUAUCAAAGGAGGAAAAUGAAUGAUUAAUAUUUUGUAUUAUUUCGAAUAAUUAUUUCUUUUAUUGAAGAUCUCCAUCUCUCUUUCCAAAAUGUCGACCAGAAAACGUCAUAAGUGGGCAAUAGAUUUUGCAGGUUCCAGUCGGUCAAGGGGUGAGCGAAGUGCUCUUGUGCCAGUGCACCCUGAUGUCUCAACUCCUGUUGGUUGUAUGGAUACAACAGGGGUUACAGAACGAGGCAAAGAUGCUGAUCCCAAUCUUAUCGUUAAGCGGUCAUGGGACAUUGCCCUUGGGCCAAUUAAACAGGUGCCUAUGAACAUGUUCAUCAUGUGGAUGGCUGGCAGCUCAAUCUCCAUUUUUCCAAUUAUGAUGGUCGGAAUGAUGUUUUUUCGCCCAAUACAAGCUAUGCUUUCCAUCAGCAACACUUUCAAGAGCAUAGAGGGUCAGCAGGCUGGUGUCCAGAAGCUGGUCUAUAUCAUUGGCAAUCUUCUGUGUUUGGCCAUGGCUAUUUAUAAGUGUCAGACAAUGGGCCUCCUCCCCACACAUGCAUCUGACUGGCUGGCAUUUGCACAACCUCAGCAGAGGAUGGAGUGGUCUGGAGGAGGAGCCUACUUAUAGUGCUGUAAUGCAAGAUUUUCACACAAGCCUUCUUCAGUGGCUUGUAUUUGCUUUCUGAGUCCAGAGUUUGUUUUACCAGAUGUUGUGCAAACGUCAGUGUUAAAAAUGAAGUACAUUGAGGAAGAAUGGAAUUUUAUUAACUGUUUGGGUAGAUCUGUAAAAUUAGUUGUACAAAUUUUGAAAAGUUUUUGUGUGACUGAAAAAUAAAAGAAAAACAACCUGAUGAAUGUCAAUACUAGGUGUUGUCAACUGCACUGAGUGGACCUAAAUGUUGCUGUAAUGUGGUGAAUAAACUAAAAACAGUGUGGUUAUUAUGGUUAGUAUAUCUUCUAUCACAACACUUGUUCAGGCUUUGUUUCUGGCUAAACUUGUGUCAGCUGUAAUGCUCAAAUUAUCUAUUUUAUUUGUAAACUUUAUAAAGUUUCAAAACACUG